UCUGAGCAGGAGAGAUCCGCACCGGGAAAUCUCUUAAUACCUCACCUUUACUCUGAACAGGGAACUGUAUUGCUUUACUCUUUGUAAACUCAAAAGCAAAAACAAGAAACUCAAGAGCUUACAAUACAUAGAAGGGGGAGAAAAAUGGCAUCAAAACUAGCAGCUGCCAUCGCCGCCUUCUUUCUGUUGGCCAGCCUGGCUGUCAUCGUUACAGUGGCUGUUAUUCAGAUCCAUAAAAAAAGCUAUGUGUCACCAGGCUUAAAGUAUGGGAUCGUCCUUGAUGCUGGCUCCUCACGGACUACAGUGUAUGUUUACCAAUGGCCAGCGGAAAAGGAAAACAACACAGGAGUGGUGAAUCAGACCCUGAGGUGUGAUGUUCAAGGUCCUGGAAUCUCAAGCUUUGGCCUUGAUAAUAAACAGGAUGAGAAGACAUGGAAUUCAUUUAAUGACUGCAUGAACAAAACUAAGAGCAUUAUCCCAACUGUCCAGUAUAACGUAACACCCAUCUAUCUAGGAGCAACAGCUGGGAUGAGAUUGCUAAGGUCUGAAUAUGAAACUGCAGCCUCUUCGAUCCUCUCGACUAUGCAGAAAUACCUCCAGUCCUGGCCCUUUGAUUUUAAAGGGGUUUCAAUAAUUACUGGCCAGGAAGAGGGAAUUUAUGGAUGGAUUACUGCAAACUACCUAAUGGGCAAUUUUGUGGAGAAAAAUCUCUGGAAUUCUUGGGUUCGACCUCAUGGGGCAGAGACCACGGGCUCUCUGGACCUGGGCGGAGCCUCCACACAGAUAGCCUUCACUCCUGAAGAGGAUGGCAAGCCAAACAGUACCAUAGCAGUGGUGAUGUACGGAUACGAGUAUCAAGUGUACACUCACAGCUUUCAGUGCUAUGGCAGAGAUGAAGCAGAGAAGCGACUACUUGCAGCACUCGUCCAGAGGUCUUCUGGCAAACCCUAUGCAGAAAACCCAUGUUACCCUCAGUAUUUCAAUACCACAGUGAAUGCCAAGUAUAUAUUUGGAAGCCAGUGCACUGCGGCGCAGAGGCCUGCUGAUUAUAACCCCGAUCAGCAGCUCACCAUCCUGGGAACCGGAGAUCCAGCUCUCUGCAGGAAAGAAGUGCUCUCCAUAUUCAACUUCACCGCCUGUCCAGGGGAACAAAACUGCUCCUUUGAUGGGGUCUAUCAACCAGGCAUCACUGGAAAGUUUAUGGCCUAUUCUGGGUUCUAUUAUACCGCUGUGGCUUUAGAUUUAAGGGGAUCAUUCCAGCUUGACACCUUCAACUCAAGCUCAUGGUCCUUCUGUUCACAGGACUGGCCUAAACUUCAAGAAAUGCAUUCGAGUGUAAAAAAAUCCUACCUGAAAUCUUACUGUUUCUCAGCAAACUACAUCUACAGCCUGCUUGUGAAUGGUUACAAAUUUGAUGCGCAGUCCUGGCCGCAGAUUAGUUUCCAGAUAGAGGUUGACAACAGCAGCAUAGCUUGGUCCCUUGGCUACAUGCUGAACCUCACUAACAUGAUCCCGUCUGAGGCCUACCUUGUCAAACUGCCCAUGACCAGCUCCGUCUUUGCGGGCCUGCUCUUCAUGUUCUCGGCGCUGGCCAUUCUCAGCCUCAUGUUUCUGAUCAUAUCAGUUGUGCGGUCAUGUUAAUCGUCAGACUUCACUACCUAACACAGGGUUUUUCGAACAGACAUUUGAAGGAGGAGGCUACCGCACUGGAAAGAAAGAUGUAAAGCCUCUUAAAAUUGAAGGUGGUGCCAUCUCAAGACUUUGGAUACAAACUCUGCUUCCCAGUCCAAGGGAGGCGCUGGAUAUUGGCUGCUUUAUGCCCACCAUUCAGUAGCUUAACCAAAGAAACUGUUGCAUUUGAAGAAGUGUAAUAUUAAAAGACAUUUUAUUAAUGUAAUUAUUAUUUGUUAAGUGGGCUGAUGUUUUAUUGUUUUCCUGGGAGUAGAUUCAUUUUAUUAGAAGUUAAUGGCUUACUUGAUGACGACUUCUAGGUAUGACUGAUGACACCAAAGCAUGAAGAUUGGUUUCUUUCAGUAUUAUUAUUCUCUGUUGGGAUUAGAAUAAAAUAGAUUUUUCUUUCUUACAAAGCAAUUAUUUAUUUAUUUAUUUAUUUAUCUAGAAUUGUAUACAGAUAAAACCAGACAACUAUAAGUGGUGUUUUUAGCAGGAGCCAAACAAUACCUAAAUGUCUUGUGAACCCCGCUGAAACUCGGGGGUACCACUUUUCUGCCCAUUAGGAACAGUGAGUGUUAAUCACUGAGUGUUGAGUGUUGUUAAGGCAAUUACAAAACAGAAUUAGGGCACUGGCAAACAGACUUUGCCCACCUGUGUGAUUUAGCAACCGUGUUUUAGUGCCCACCCGGCAAGUCAGUGUUAGCGCUGGACAUGGGCUGAACUUUAGGGGAGUGUCCUCAUUUAUAUACAAAUGUAGCGAUUUAGCAAACCAUCAACAGUGUUAGCGUUUGCAUUUCAGUUGACAUGUGAAAAACAAUUCUCAAUGCCGGCGCUAGGAUUUACUGGGCUCUGGUGCAAGCCAAAUCAGGUUGUUCAUUGUUCAGUUCUGUUCAGUCUCACGAAAUUGCGCCUUUAGGAUCACAUCUCCCAACAGAGCAAUCACAUGACUUUAACACUGACCUAUUGCCAGAGCUCUUGCCGCGCCCUGCCUCCAGAUAAACAAUUUGUCAUCUGUGAUUUGCGAAUUUGAGUUUUGAUUGACAGUUCACCAGUACUACCUUGCUACGGUUUCAUUUUCUAAUCGCAGUAGAUUAGACGGCACCUCUAUAUGUUUUAUGUCUAGUCAUUAAAGUGGGCUCAGAAAAAUAAAAAUAAAUAAUUGACUAUGUGCUGUGCCCGGGUGCAGUUGCAACCCUUGCACCGCCCCUGACGCCUGCCCUGCCAGGUCUAAACUGUGUGCAAAUUACAUGUGAACUACCGGUGAAUCAGGCCAAGAAAAGAUAGAGAGAAAAAAGAGAAAUAAAAGAAAUAUGGAGUGCACACUGGAUUAAUGCGAUACUUUGUAAUGUGAUACUUUGUACUGUGAUUUUGUAACAAUUGUAAGUCACCCUGGAUAAGGGUGUCUGCUAAGAAAGAAAGAAAUGAUAAUAAUAAAAAUUUCUACUUGACCAGACAAAGAGAGGAAGAGGAGACCCAAAUAUUCAGAAGUCAUCUGUCUUUUCUGAGCCUGUCUGACACACAAUGUAUGCAGCAAUUUCGCCUCAACAGAACAAUCACUGACAUCUGCCAACUGCUUUAGGCUGACCUGGAAGGAGACAUGCGGAGAGCACACUGUUUGCUUGUAGCACUAAGGUACAUGCACCAACACAGAACAGGCACCUCUACAUAAAUCGUAAGGGGACCUAUUCUGUCAACGUGCAAGUAGUGUGUGAUCUGUGAUGCCAACAACUACAUCACAAAUGUUUAUCCUCAUUAAUUCCCAAGUGGCAGCUGCAUUUCAGCGGGAUGACAGUCUGAGAGGCUGGUUGAUAGGGGACAACUGAAGUGGUGGCUACUGACACUGCUGCUCAACCCCACGACCCCUGUCGAACAGACAAGUAACUGUACCUUUAAAUGUGCUCAUGCUAAUUGAGCGAACAUUUGGAAUCCUCAAAAUGUGAUUCCGAUGUUUGGAUGCCUCUGGGUGUUUUACACAACAUAGCUCUCUGUAAUGGAUGUUGAACUUCCAGAGGAAAGAUUACAGGGUUUGAGGGAAGCAGAUGCUGAACUUGAAGACCCAGUGGUGGAGGUUGCAGAUGCUGCAAGUGCCAGGCAGCUCAGACAAAGCCUUAGAGACAGGGAUUCACAUAACUGGUACACAGCUACGCAUGCGGACCAGUAAAAAAAAAUGCAGACUUAGUAAUUGUUAUUAAAGACGCAAAUGUGUACCGUCAGUAUAUUUGUUUUAACAGGAAAGCAUGUAUAAUAAAGGCAGCAACGGUGCUCACGGUUCGAAGGUGUGCUAUACAUGCCUAACUUAAGGAAAACUCCUGAUUCUAAAUUUUUUGGCCCCCCGUCACUCGCUCGCUCAGCAAGUGAAACAGAAAAAAAAUAUAUGUAACUUAAUUUUGCUUCUAGAUCACUUUUUUUAAAUUUUGUAUUUACUCUCCCUGUCCAGGCUUGGUCAUCCUCUUCACUUGGGCUGCUGGACAUUUUAAAACAUUUUGCGCUUUUGUCGUCCUUCUUUUUUUUGGUUUCAAACCCUCUGUUCACUAUCGCAGACGCACAGGUGCUUUCAAAGGGAAUGUUGAAUCCUUACUGGUUGUUACCUUACUCCCCCCCACUUUGCUUUGAUUGGCUGGGCGCAUGAUUCGCUAUUUGAUGUGCGUUAGCCCACACAUGAGACCCGACUUCUAAAUCACGUUUUCGUGCGCUACCGCAGCGGUUCGCUAACGCUGUCAUUUUUGCCCUAGCGAUAGCGGCUGUGCACCUAUUUGCUAAAUAGAGCCCAUACUUCUGGGCACGGGUAUCAUGCUUGAUAUUUGCAGCUCUCUUUUGCUGUGCAGCAUGAUUCCUCCUCCCUUGCAAGGCCUAUCAGAGGUCUUCUACAGCAGGUUCAACUGAAUUUUCUAAAUCUGUUAUGAAGGCAACCAGUUAUUUUAAGAAAGGUGUGUAGUUUAAGGUACAAAAACUAUAUUGAAUUAUUAUAUAUAUAUAUAUAUAUA